AUGAGAGAGUUAUUUUCCUUCGUCGCUUUGAACGAAGAAGAUGCGCUGGUGGAGGUGUGCGUUGCUUUCUUUGGAGAGGAAGGUGAAUCAUUCAACGAUCAGGCGGUUGACCGCCAUACUCGGGACGUAUCAUCGUGGUCCGGAGCCGUGGCUGAAGAGCUGUCAUCACUGCUUGACAUUAAGGCUCCAGCAGUUUUUAGUUCCGAUGUUCUAGACGAUUCAGGUCGGAAAGCUAUCCAGAAGUUCGCGAAUGCGUUGGCAAAUGACGUGAAGUCGCUGAAAGAUAGUGUGUCUUCUGACACAUUGAAGCGUCAAGAUGAACUGAGAGCUAUGCAGGAGAUGAUCGAUCGCGAGGAACAAAUAGCUCUACUUCUGGAUGUAAUCGAAGAGCAACAGGGUGCUCAUGCUGAAUACGUGACUACCGUGAGCGGUCUGGAAUGGAGCAUUCAUCACUGUCACUAG